CACCAAUAUAUGAGGGAGAUAAUCAAAAAACAGGAAAUGAUGUUGGUAUGAUUCAAUUAGAUGAUGUAGGAAUUGGUAUUGAAGGAAAAGAAGGAAAAUAGGCUGCAUUAGCUUCUGAUUUCUCAAUAAUCAAAUUUAAAUAUUUGAAUGUAUUCUUCCU